AUGGCGGCCCUGCCUCACCGCAUCCCCUUGGAAAUGACACAAGCAACCGACGCCGACGCUGCCCUACUGGCGUCCUCUGGCCCAGACAACAAUGUAGCCACCCGAGGUUACCACCAACAACCCGCCUCUGCGACCUCUCCUCACACUCAACACAAAUCCCACCCUUCUCGAGACAACUGUGAUCGAAGACGACCUGCGGAGGAGGACCACUCCCGGCUCAAGAAGAUGCCUUCGGCGCUGGUCGGUAAGACCGUCAGUCCGUUUCUCAAAGAGCACAUCCCGGGCCUUUAUGCACCUGUUGGCAAAGACUUCCAAGAUGAAUCUUCCCACACACCGCCAGUCGCCGUUCCAAGAGAUGCCAACACUCGAUAUUGCUACCGACAUCGUCCCGACUCCAAGUGUCGGCGGACAGCAGAUGAAACGAAAAUGGGCAUGAUUCAAAGGGAUCUAAACAGUCUCUCCGCCGCCGAUCAAGAAGCAAUCACGCACGUUUGGUCGCUCUUCUCGGCCGCGCCCGCCAAGCACCGAGAGCUUAUGCUCCAGGGCAUCAUUACACAAUGCUGCUUCCCACAACUCUCGACCGUCUCCCGCGAAGUACAAGAGCAGUUGAAGAUCGACUUUCUGACAGCCCUCCCGACGGAGCUGUCGUACACGAUUCUCUGCCACCUUGACACAGUGUCUCUGUGUAAGGCUGCCCAGGUCAGCCGUCGCUGGCAGAACCUUGCAGACGACGAUGUGGUCUGGCACCGCAUGUGCGAGCAGCAUAUCGAUAGAAAGUGCACCAAAUGUGGCUGGGGCCUGCCUCUGAUGGAAAAGAAGAAACUCAAGGCAUGGAGCCGCCACCAGCACACGGCGCAUGGCAGGGAAAGCGAAUCGACCACCACUGCCGACGAGGUCAACGGAUCCAACAAGCGCCCUCUAGAAGACGACGCCUCCUCAUCAAAGCGCCAACGUCUCGAUGGCGCGGGCCCGUCGACUUGUCUAGAAACGGAGCGCAAGUUCCGUCCGUGGAAGGACGUUUAUCGCGACCGCUUCAAGGUUGGAUUCAACUGGAAGACCGGCCGCUGCACCAUCAAGACUUUCAAGGGCCACUCGAACGGCGUUACGUGCCUACAGUUUGAUCAAAACAUCCUAGCUACCGGCUCGUACGACACUACGAUCAAGAUUUGGAACAUUGAGACGGGCGAGGAGCUACGUACGUUGCGCGGCCACACAGGUCCCGUGCGAACUUUGCAAUUUGAUGACAGCAAGCUCAUCAGCGGCAGCUUCGACAAGACGAUCAAGAUUUGGAACUGGCAGACUGGGGAGUGUCUGAAUACGCUUCAGUGUCACACCGAGGGUGUCCUGUCGGUACAUUUUGACAAGGGCACGCUGGCGUCGGGAUCGAUUGACAAGACGAUCAAGAUCCUGUGUUUUGACACAAAGCAAACGUUUUAUCUACGCGGCCACACUGACUGGGUCAACCAUGUCAGACUCGACACUGCCUCUCGAACUGUAUUUUCGGCGUCUGACGACUUGUCUGUCAAGUUGUGGGACUUGGAUACGAAGCAGUGUAUCAAGACCUAUCUGGGUCAUGUCGGGCAAGUUCAGCAAGUUCUUCUCAUGCCCCCCGACUUCGAGCCCGAUGAGGUUCCCAACCAGGAUGACAACGAUACCGCGUCUGUGCGGAGCAGCCGGAGCGUGACGCCGACGCCGUCGGCCCAGGUUGAUCGUUCCGUCUUUGGCCCCGGAUUCGCGUCAGACUCGCGACCGCUGCCGCCGCGGUACAUGUUGACGGGCGGCCUCGACAACACUGUGCGUCUGUGGGACAUUGCGACGGGCAAAUGCAUCCGCAGCAUGUUCGGCCACGUCGAGGGCAUUUGGGGCCUGGUGGGCGACACGUUGCGCGUCGUGACCGGCGCCAACGAUUCGAUGACGAAGAUUUGGGAGCCUCGCUCAGGAAAGUGCGAGCGAAGCUUCACAGGUCACGCCGGGCCGGUGCAGUGUGUCGGCCUUAGUGACUGCCGGAUGGCGAGCGGAAGUGAAGACGGCGAGGUGCGCCUUUACAGCUUUGAGGGCGAGGCGACAGAGGAACGGGGAACACCCUCGUGA